AUGGUACCACGAGACAGACGCAGCACGCUCGGUGGCAAGAAGCAGUGGAAUGCUGCAGCUUUACCGGAAAGUGGCGACAGGACUGAAGACCAGUACAACAGUUGGGGGCCUGGUGGUGGAGUGCGAGGCAGUGGGACGCAGCGGCCAGCUAGCAGGUGCAACCUGUUUGCGGCCCAGCCGCCAGCUGGCCGGCCGGCGCUCGCAGUGCCGCGCAGCCGCCGGCUGCCCGCCGCAUCGAUCGCCGCCGCGGCCGCGGCCGCGCCUCCGCUGCCACGUGUCCGCAGCUGGCCGCCGCCCGGCCGCACGCACUACGCCACCGCCCACUCCACGUCGCCGGCCAGCGGCUGGCCCGAGACGGCCGAAAGUCGGCCGGCGAGUAGCGUACAGCGGCAGCGGCUCGCCCCCGCGAGAUCCGCCCCCGGGGGCGGCGCGUGUGGCGGCGGCGGGCCUCCAUCUGUUAGCGCGCGGCCGGCCGCCGCCCCCCCGGACGACCGCUGCCGGGCGGCGCUCGAUAUCGCCGCCGAAAAGAAGCGGCGGGGGCUGGCAAUGAGGCCAUAUGUUUGA